CCGGAAGUUAGUCGGGCUGCGCGCUCGCGGCGUUACGCGCGCUUUUGCGUUUAAUUUUUAAUUUUUCGUUUCUCUUCUCCCUUUCUCACAAAGUUUCUGUUUUCCAUUUCCUUCCCCAAGCCUUCGCACUCAUGGGCCUGUUAGGAAACCGUCGCGAUCGGAUACAUUCGCAGUAAUUGUAUUUUUCUUUUUUUCACGAACACAUUUUUUUUUUACCUCAGAUUUCAAAUGUUGUGACGGACGGGCGGAGGGGCAUUUAAAAGAUGUAGUCCGCGCAAGAAGUUCAACAACAACAGUCGUCGUAAACGUAACGCGUUCACGCAUUUACUUGACAUUACUAGGUCAUAAAGUACUGGGAUAUUAAUUUAAAUUGCUAAAAUAAACACAGUUCUGACGUAAAAUUUAAAUACGCUGCAUGGCAAGUGUUGAAACGUUGUUUCGUUUAAGUAAUUACGCGAACGCAUUUUGGCGUAGUUAAAUACGUUUUAUGCUCGAUGUCAUGUAAUCGUUAACAUACAACACGUAGCCGCCAACAGGAACUGCAGUUCCAGUGGUAUUGUACUAACAAACCAUAGCAACCAGCAGAAGAGGAAUAAUAUAUCACGAUUACCGUAAUACAGUAGGAAUAUAUCAACAAUCUCGCAUCACCAACAGCACAAUAGAACCUAGUGUUACUACAACGUAAUACCUCAACAUUGGCUCGUUUGCUAUAACCAACCAACCAACUCUUAUCAACUUUAGUACGGGUACAGAACUAGCAGUAAUCAACUCCAAGGACUUCACCCAAUUCCGUGUACGCGUGUUGCCCCGCGGCAAUUUGGUCUUAAACCAUGUCUCUGUGGCUGUCGAUGGCCAUGUUAGCAGCACCAUCACCACCACCAUCAUCAUCUCUCACAUCACCACCACCACAACCCCCUUCAACGUGGGCAGGCGGUGGCGACGUCCCGGGCCCUCCAGCUCCUGUAGGGCCCGCAGUGCCUCCGUCGGUAGCCACGGCUCUCACGGGCCUCUUCACGGGCCUCUACGGGCUACUUUUCCUCUGUGUCUACCUGCAGCUGUGGCUGGUGCUCAGGUACAGGUACAAACGCUUUAGUUUCCAGACCGUCUUCCUGGCCCUGUGCCUCCUCUGGGCCGGCCUCAGGACCACGCUCUUCGUGUUCUACUUCGAGAACUGCCAGGCGGCAAAUCGUCUCGGGGCAUUCGCCUUCUGGCUCCUCUACUGCUGCCCCGUGUGUCUGCAGUUCUUCACGCUAUGCCUCCUCAACUUGUACUUCUCACAGAUGGUAAUAAGAGCAAAAUCGAAGCACGCUGAAGAGCAACAUAAAAACAACCGGGUGCUCAGAGGGGUGCUGCUGCUAGCCUCGCUGCUCUUCCUGGCGGUGAACGUGUCGUGCGCCGUCCUCGUGGCGGGCGGCCCCUCCUACAUGGUGCUCAAGCGGCUGGUGCUGCUGCGCGUGCUGGUCAACGAUGUGCUGUUUGUGGCGUGCGCCGUGGGGCUCGCCAUUUGCAUCUGGCAGAUGGCCAAGCUGCCCGCCACGGGGAUCUACCUGGAGUCUAAGGGCACGUCCGUGUGCCAGGCGGUGACGGUGGGCACGCUGGUGAUCCUGCUGUACGCCACACGCGCCUGCUACAACCUGGUGGUGCUCGCCAAGUCCGCUCCAGGAUCCUUCAACUACGACUGGUACAACGUGUCCGACCAGGCCGACCUGCAGGAGCUGCACACCAACAGCAAGUUUGUGCUGUUCGGGGUCGUGCUCUUCGUCUGGGAGCUGCUGCCCACCGGCCUUGUCGUCAUUUUCUUCCGCGUCCGACAGCCUAACCAGAACCUGUCUGCUGCCGGAGUGAUCGGCGUGCGUGGCUUUGCCUCCCGUGUUCAUUUUUUCGACAACCCGCGAAGGUACGACAGCGAGGAUGACCUCACGCGACCCCUGGGAGCCCAUCCCAACGGCCUCAUUGGGAGCCUAUCGAGCAUGUGCGGUCUGUACGGCAGCCCCGGGCGCUAUGGCUCCAUCCGCAACAGCAAUACGAGGUCGGCGUCGCCGCUGCUGGUGCACGGACGUCCAGGAUUCUCGGUGUCUCCGUACACCACGCCGCAGUCCUAGAGAAAGAGGGAGAGCCACCACAAUAACCACAACUACCACCACACAGCUAUUACAACAACUGUGCCGAAGCUUGACGGUGGUGGGAGGUUCGCUGUGUUGCUGCUGCUGCUACUGCUUGACGUCGUGGUGUAUGGGCAGCGCACACUCCGACUACCGCACGGCAUUCCCAAUCGCACAACGCACAAUCGACACGUAACCAUUCACCACCCCCCCUCCAGUCCAGUGAUUCAUUCAUUCAACGUUGUCACCAGCCUGCUUCCCACCGAUUUAUUUCACUUGAUUAGUUGCAUUGUUGGAUCAACAAUUUUUUUUUCAGUAUAAUUUUGACCGUCUCGGUUGUAUUAUUUUUUUCAGUUCCGUGCUGUUUCGUUCACUACAUGUAUCAUCAGCGUUAUGUUGUGCAUAUGGUGUGCAGUAAAUAGUAAUAAUUCUGCAAGAGCAUGAUGCUAUGCGUGCAGCAUGGGCAUAAAUUCGAUAGGUCAGUGAAACCGCUACAUACCUCUCACGCAAGCACCCACACGCUCGCACGCAAAACUUGUAACCUACUGUCGGACAACUGUGGUUAUUUUGUAUUUUUCCUUUUUUAAUAUUUCAAUCUUUUUUUUGGUUACGUUUUCUUUGUUGUCAGAAUUUCACCUUCAGUGACUCCGAAUGGUUGUCAUUGUAGUCGAGCAAUUGACUUGCAAGAAAGAACCUUUGUGGUUUGGCCCAUUCUGCAGGGUAUCGCAUGAAAAAACGCCUUGGUUACGCGAGAAAACACGCGACCAUCGUCGCUGUUACGUUAAAGUGUCAAUUCAACGUCGUCGUCGUCGUCAUCGUUGCUGCCGAUGGCAAAACGGAGCAGCUCCCGGAUGGUGUUUUCGGAUUGUGCCGCGUAUUAUCAGGCAUGGUGUCCGGUGUUUCGCUCCUUGUCCUGGGAGCUAUGCUCGGGAACUAAUUUCCCCGAGAAGCUCCCAGUGUGUGGAGGAAUUUAUUUCCUAAAGAAGCUCCCAAGCACACAGAGAGAGCUAGAGUACAACUACAAAACGUUGCAUAGUAGCUGCAGUGCAAGAGUGGUCUUAAAUUUUUCUUACUGCUUUUCUUACACGUUGUCAACGGAUUUGAUGUCAGCUUUUGACGAUGGUUAGUUGCUUUCUACCACCGCGUCUGCCGGCAAAGCCAAAAUCGUCGUGAAAUAAUUUCUAUUUUUAUUCGCUCCCAACGGCGAAAAAACUAAAAAAUCCUAGCUUGUAACAUUAGCCCCCCCCCCUCUACCUUUGCACGCUUGACGUGGUCGCCGCCACCGUUCAGUCCGUCUGCCAGCGGAGUUGAACAUGGAGGUGGCAAGCACGCACGCCUUGCCAAAAUAAAACGCGUAUGCCGCACCUUAGAGAGGGCUGCCAGUUUGCCACGAUGCGUACGGUAGUGCACUUUGUGCCACGGUUGGUUAGGCCACCGCGGUGAAAUAGGCGUUUGUGCCUUUGCGAAAUUGCAGGGCUGGGCACGGUCACUUCUUUGGCAGUGUUGAGGAGGAUCUAUGCCGCCUUUCUCGAGCCCAGUGACAGACAUGCUGAGGGUUAAUGGUGGUAUGGUUUACAGGUAGGAGAUUUUAUUUCGAGAAGUUCUCCUACCGCUGUGAUUUCCACAUUCAUUCGUUUCAUGGUCUUUUUUUUUUCAACGUAAAGUAAAAAAAAGCAGAACCCGAUGGUCAAAUCUGACGAAUUGGAACGGGUGAAACUUUGAACUGAGGGUGAAGAUAUCCGUUGGCAGUUGUCAAGUGACGUUAAGCACCGAUGCCGUUCAGGAAAAUGUAACAUUGCCCUCUGUGUAGGAGGUGUGGAUGCGUUUUAUUAAAGGAGCCUUGCGAGCGUGGUGUCAAAAGUUUAGCGAGGGGGUCGAUCGACCGCGAAUCCACCAACGCAACGGCCAACAUUUACACCAAAACGCUUUUGAGUUUCAAUGCAGUCGGAAUUUUUUGUUUACUGUUCACUUCAUUUUAGUUAAUACUUUAAUUUUCAACUUAGCAGUGUUACAUGUAGUUGCGUCACUUUCUGUCGUUCUCAAGUUUUGCCUGCACCAAUCGUUUCCCCCGCGCCGCCGUUAUAAUCCAGUUUAGCAGCCGAAAUUUGACAUCAAAUCACACUUUGUUAUGACCAGUUACCUUGUCGUUUGAAAAUUCUUACUCUGAAAGCAAAUUUCCUUUUUAUCCAAAAGCCAACUCCCACUGUCGGAUUUCUCUUCAAGUCUCAAGUUUCAGCCUUAAAAAUAAACAUUUGAAUUUAUAAGGCGCAUUUCAUCUGUAGAUCGCGUAUGGAAAGCAGGAAAUUAAAUGGAACCAGUACAAAUGGCCACUACAAGAGGGUAAAGGCCAAUUUAAAGAGGUGAUUAUCAACACAGAUUUAAAUAGCUAAUGACUUAUUCCCUGAUUACCAAAGGCAAAAACGUUCUGUCGUCUGGGAGGUUCGCUGUCGCCCAUUUUUAUUCAGCGGAGCGAUGGUUAUUCUCUGAACUUGAGCGUUCCGCUUCGGUUGAGCAACACUGGGGGUGGUUUGAGUUGGCACGAUUGAUGGUGUGGUUGUCACGCGGGUGGCGUUAACCACCACGGGCUUAUGCCAAAAAAAGAAGACGGUGUUUGUGGCUGGCAGAUGAUAUGUGAGAGAGUGAGGGGGAGCUGUGGGAGUUGGGAGGGGUUGCGGUAAUAAUCUCCUGGCACCAAUUUGCACAGUCACAACUUUUUUUCCCCAGACGUUCCACCGAAUCGUCUUACGCUACUUCGUUUUGAUUAUAGCGUCGUGUUGGGGUUUUUUUCCCCCCUCUACUCCGUGUAUUAUCUUGCAACUUGAAUGUGUACGAUCGACAAACUCGGAACAACAGCGUUGGAUUAGUGGAAACCUCACGUGGACGGUUUUUAAAAAAACGACGCCCGUUAUUUUAAUAGGCCGUCAACCGGCAGCGUCCGUGCAAUUUGUUGCGUUUGAAUUUAGUUUCCAAUUUCUGUGAGGUUUUUAAACCGUGGUUAAAGCCCGACGCCUGUCACACCGCCUGCAAUUUUGGUGCCCGCUUUAAUCUCGCUGACAAAAUGUAUAAUCGAAAGAUCAUAGGAAAGUUACAUCAUCAACUGUUUUACGGUCACAUCAUUGUGACUGUACCUGUGGAAUCUUAUAACUUUCUGCUGUAAAUCCUCUUGGUAUGCAACUCCCCCCCCACCUCACCCAAACCUCUUUCUCUGAAUAAGGAUAGAUACGUGACAAAGCAACUGUAACUUACUUGAAAAUUAACAUGACCGAUGUGUUAAUUUUGUCACUUUUGUAUUGCAUAGUUUACACCAGCGAUAUCACGGAGGUGAAGUCCAGCGUGAUCCACCGUGCGGUUUUUUUUUUCUUUACAAAGCGUGCAUUUUGGUGGGAAACUAUCUUUGAAUGCCUGACCUGGACUUGCCACAAUACCACUGGUCCACUAAAUGCGUCGUGAAGGACGCUGUGCCCGGGUCUUGCUUUCGUUUUGUUGCUACGUGGAAACGUCUCGUAUGUUUCUUUGCCUUUAAAUUGCACAGCUGUCCACGUGUUUUCUCGCUCUCUUCACGUGACUGAAAAAAGUCGGUGAUUUGCCAAAAGUAGAUUAUUCGCGAACCAUGUAAAACAUUCCACUGUGAAGAUUUUUUUGGUUAUUCAUUAACGUUCAUCUCUUUUUCUAACGGUUUAAUAUUUAACCUUGGCGUUUUGUUGUAUAUAUUUUUUUGGUUCUUCAAUCGUAAAAAAAACUAAUUUGCACCUGAACUUUGAUUCUCAAAGUGCUGUAACGCCAGCUCCAUCCGAAGUGUGCUGUCAUUAUAAGGGAAAUGGGCUGGCGUUACGAAUGUACACGGGCUUGCCUGUUUCUUGGAAAAUUACAAAGCUAAUAACGUGUCAAUCCGAAUCGGAAUCGCAAUCACCGCGUUAUAUAUGUUAACGUCAACAUUGGGCUACGCUGCUGUGCCCACUGCAAUCCUGUUUGCACUGUGUGAUCUUACUGUUAAAGCCCACUUUACUCUCAGGGGAGUUUGCUCAUGGCGUCACCAAUUACCACCUCCCGCGGCUAUGGGGGGGGACCCAGGUCAUGGCGUUGCGUACGUCUCCUGGCCAGCGAUCGCAUCCGGCGAGAGACAAAUCGGCACGUCCACGCUGAUCAAUCGCACACCCCUAAAAUGAUUUCCGGGUGGUGUGCCCGUCGCCCAAGCGUCAGAUUUGGAAAAUAUUUUUUUCCCCCCACGCACGAUCGUCGUUUGGCCAUUUUAGCUUCAAUGUCAAUGUUCGUUUGUGGAGUUUCACCCCUUUGGUCCAUUGGCCGCACGUGCCGAGAUGUACGGCACAAAGCACGGAGUGGUCACGACGCGAGAGAUUGGAUCACACCGCUCUGGGUCGUCUCCAGAGUUCUGAACGCCACAUGCAGUGGGGUGGCUGAGUGGGACAUCACACGCUAGUGUGAUGUGCCCGGGGUUGUGUUGGGAUGAUUUUAAUUGCGAGCAUCUCCAUUUGCCCAAAGAUAAAUGUGUAGUAAUUAAACUGCCGCAAGUUCCCCCUGAGAGUUCCCUAUAACAAGUGUGUGAUGUGUGUUGUAUUUUUGUAUUUUCUAUUAGAAUUAGUAUAAUUGGUUGUCUUUCUGAAUUUUUUUCGAGUAAAAUGUGCAAUGGUUUUAAUAAAGUCAAUUUGUGUUGU